UAACUUUUCUAUACGAUUAAAAAUAUGUACUUAAUACAUUAAAAAUGUAUUUCUCCUAAGAGUAAAAAUGUCAAAAAUAUAAGCUGGUGUCUUCUGCUUAACAAAUUACUCCUGUACAUAACUAUAAAGUAUACUUGUGUAUUAAUAGUAAUUUUUUUCUAGAUAUAACUAGGGUAAAUAUGUCUCAUCAAACCGGUAUUAAAGCAAAUGAUGUAUUGAAAAAGUUCUUCAGUAAAUCAGCUUCUGACAAAAGUAUUCGAGCCAUUAAAGUUUCUAUUGAAGAUGAGCAACUUGUAUUAUCAGCAUAUGAAAAACAUCAUAAAUCUUGGAAAGAUGAUUUUGAAAAUGUGAUUAAACAAUUUGUAUAUCGAGAAACACCUUGUUAUAUACUAUACCGAUUUGAUGUUAAAAGUGACACAAAGAACUAUGAUUGGCUACUUAUUAGUUGGUGUCCUGAUGUUGCUCCUAUUCGUCAAAAAAUGUUGUAUGCUUCUACAAAAGCUACACUUAAACAAGAGUUUGGAAGUGCAAAAAUUAAAGAAGAACUUCAUGGAACUAUUUUGAGUGAUGUUACCUUGGAUGGAUUAGAACAAAGUAGAAUUUCUCAAAAAGCACCAGCUCCAUUAACUAUGCGGGAAGAGGAAAUAGCCGAACUUCGUAGAGCAGAAGUUGGACAUAGUACAUCUGUAUCAGUAGAUAGUCGAGCUCAGACCAUGUCAGGUGUCAAGUUUCCCAUGUCUGUAGCUGCAGUUACUGCACUUUCUAAAUUUGUAGAUACUAGUGAGGUCAAUUAUGUACAAUUUUAUAUUGAUAUAAAUAAAGAAAGUAUUGAACUGGCAAAGUCAGAUAAUGUACCAAUUAGUAAACUAAAUGAUCAAGUUCCUAAAGAUGAUGCAAGAUAUCAUCUGUAUGCUUAUCAACAUAAUAAGAAUGGAACUCCGACUAAUUCUAUUUUUUUCAUAUACUCAAUGCCAGGAUACUCAUGUCCAAUUAAAGUGAGAAUGUUAUACUCCAGCUGCAAGUCACAAUUUAUUGAAGAGCUAGAAAAUAUUUACAAGCUACAAAUUCAUAAAAAAUUGGAAAUAGACAACGAUGAUGUAGUUAAUGAACAUUAUUUAUUGGAUGAACUUUAUCCUGAAAAAGAAUCUGAUAAACCCAAGUUCAGCAAACCAAAAGCACCUGGAAGAGGUGCACGACGUAUUACAAAAUCAAAUGAAUAAGAAGAAUUUUUCAUUUUAAUAAUUCAAAUGUUAUAAAUAAUAACAUUGAAACAAUAUUUUACUGAUACAUUUAUUCGCUUGAAUCGGUCUUCCAUAUUUUAUUACAUUUCAGUUAGUUUAACUAUAUGUAUUGUAUGUGUAUUAUUGCAGUUAAUUCUGUAGUCUAAGAUUAAAACUAUUUAUUUAUUAUUUUCAUAAA